AUGUUUCAGGAACCGUAUGUCAAGGAGAUACUCAACCGCUUCGAUAUAGACCACUGCAGCGGCCAUAAGGCACCUAUUGAACCAGGCUCCAAAUUGACGUUUACCGGUGAGUCACCUGACCCCGGAUUUCUCGAGAUUUACCAGAAAAUAGUCGGAUCCCUUAAUUGGCUGGAAUUCAAAACAAGACCCGAUAUCUGCUUUGCAGUGCGCUUCUUACAAUGGAAGCAAAAAGAGCCAAUUAAAGAUGACAUGGAGCAUACAAAAGGCGUUUUACGCUAUCUACGCGCCCACAGCAAUCUAGGCCUAACUCUCAAUAAAGAUCCGAAGCGAGGUUUGCAACUUUUUACUGAUUCUUCAUUCACUGAUCACCCAGAUAGCAAAUCCUCUCAAGGAUGGUGCCUUUUUUGGGCUGGGUGCCCUAUCGCUUGGGAUACGGCAAAACAAACUUGUGUUGCACCAUCUUCUACAGCUGCAGAAUACAUAUGCUUCAGCGAUGGCAUGAAACACGCCCUUUAUGCAAAAAGGAUCCUCAUAAUCUUGCGAUCUAAAGAAGGUAAACCAACAAUUACCCUCUACACGGAUUCCAACAACGCUAUGGACGCACUUAAAAAGCGCUCCACACCAGCCGUGAGAUGGCUAGCCAAUCGUUACCACUUUGUAAGGGAUAUCCUCGAAAAAGGUGAAGUAGUUGUCGAACGCGUUGACACUGACGACAAUGUCGCAGACGGUUUUACAAAACCCAAAAAUCCAGUCAAGUUUACAGAAUUUCUAAAGCAGCUGGGACUGGAGCCAAUCGACAUCAAAGUCGACGAGGAAUAA